CUACCUGCCCGAAAUGUAGUCUGACCGGUUUCUUGCUUUACGGUCGUGGCCUGCAGUCCGCAAAAUCACUCCAACUAGCCGGUUCAGUCGCCCACUACAUAAUAUUAUAAGAUCUACCGUUCGCUAACCGACCGGAUUUUUGUCUCAUGUCUGUAUUACUUUAAGUAGGCGAAGUGUAUUUCGUACAAUCGAACGUUCCUUCUGAUAAGACAGAUUUUAAAUUCCCUAAAUAUUUCUGUUAAGUUUGCAUACACGGAGUUAAGUGAAUGUCGUGAAAUAAGUUCAGUACUUUAUGACAGCGAUGUUAUUAUUCAAAUUUUCAUUCGUUCUCUGACAAUUAAACUAUUCGUAAACAUGAUACACUAUAAUCCUUCGAACAUGGAGUCAUUACCAAAACAGUUCGUCUCUGCAAUGAGAACUCUGUUCGAUAUCAUGGAUGAUAAACACACUGGGUAUGUAAAUUUAACAGAUAUUGAAAACCGAUGGCGCGACGACCGCACUAAAGGCCUUCCCCGCGGUGUUAUAGAAAGCCUGCAAAAGGUCGCUUCUCAUGAUGGACUUCUAACAUUCGAGAGCUUUUGCACAGGCCUCAAAAUAUGUCUCUUACGAAAUCAAGUGCAAAACGCUUCCAAUAAAAUCAACGCAAUCAAUGAAGACAUUGAUAGCAAAGCACUGCACUCUCAAAUGACUAGUGCACAGCUGCACAGACCUCCUUCCGCUCCGUUGAUGGAUUUAGAUACCGCUCAUAAUAGAGACAGGAGCUGGAACUUAAUGCGGACAUCGGGAAAUUCGACACAACAUCGUACAACCAGUAUGCCUCAAUUAAUUGAAAAUAAGGACCCUCCACUACCAGAGAUAUUAUCUAACGGUAAAGUGUCGUCCGUUGCUAAACACGACACCGCUCAAUCGCAUAGAGUUUACGGGCCUCCGAAACCUCCGCGGCUGGAAAAAAACGCUAUGGAAAGGAAAGAUAAUUCUAGAACCUUCAAAUCGGAGGAAACUGUUUUGGGAAGUGACGAUUUAGGGGACAAUAAGUUAGAUUUUGAAGAAAUGACACGAUCAAUAGAAGGACAAGAUCGUGGUCUUGGCGAUGGUAGAUCCGCUAAUGGAACACAACCGAACCUUAGAAAGACACCUCGUCGACGAGAGCCACGGCGUCAUACUCUCCACAACGGUGUUGAUUAUAAUCUGUUGAAAAAAAUGAAACAAAUUGAGCAGGAGAAGGAUGUCCUGCUACAGGGCCUCACUGCUGUAGAGGAAGCUAGGGAGUGGUAUUUAAAGCAGUUGGCUGAAGUUCAAGAUAAGAUGCGCUAUGCUGGAAGAAUGGGUGCUUAUGUGGAACCUUGGAAUGAAGCACAUCAGGAGCGUCUGGAGCUGCUUCGGGCGCGAGUGUUGGAACUGAACCGCCAGCUCGGGGCGCUGGCCGCUGGAUGGCGUCACGGGCAGUUGUCGCUUCACAUGAACCUAGCUCUACCAGCAACUGCGCCCACCACUCCCAACAAUGCUACUGUGCUGCGGUCGCAAAACAAAAUGCUUGCUGAGGAAGUCAAUCGCAAGAAUGAACGGAUAUCUAUCCUUGAGAGAGAAAAAUCUGCGCUUAUAAGAGAAUUGCUACUACAAAGAAACAGAACAAAACUAAUAGAUAACUUCACAUAAAUGUUACAAUGUCGCAUGUUUUGGUAUUUAAAGCUAAGCAAAAAAAUGCAAGGACAUGUUAACUUUAUGCUGGUGCCAAUAAAGCUCUAUUUAUGGUGUGCAAAAUAAGAAUUCUUAUAUUUAUUGUUUAUUCUACUUUAAGUGGACACCUAGUUCAUGAGAAAUUCAUUGUUUUUUAAAAUUGUCUAUACUUGUGCAAGAAUCAGGUAAGUAAUUUAUGAAAGAAACUUGAAGAAGUAAACAAAUCUAGUUUAAGAUAUAAUUCUACUUUUUAAUGGUUUGGCUUAACUUGUGAUAGUAACAGAAAAUUUGUUUGAAACUGAAGGUAUGUGAACAAAGAAGAGUUUUUAAACUACUUUCAAAUGAUCUGGUGGAAAUCAUCAUCAUAGUGGUUGCUAAGUAAGUUUGUAAACAAGUUUGCCACCCAUCUUCUUCUUGCUUCUGGGCUGUUUCCCACUUGGCCAUGUGAACACUGUUGUGCAUGUUGCCACCCAUUUAGAAAUAGAAAAAAGUCAUUUAUAAAGGAGUAUUUCUGUUUUGCUGAUGCUUUAGACAGUCACACACAAACACAAUGUAUAAUUGUAUACCUUACAACUUAUCUUCAUCUUCAUUGUAAUAUAGAAUUUUCAUACACAUGUAUUUAACUUACUUGAGACUCACAUUUAAAACUUGGUUUCUGACAUCCUACUGCUUUACAGUAUAGUUUUUACAACUUAACAUUAAAGGAUAUUCACAAAGUUUUUUUAGUAUGUGACCUAAGUCAAGUUAAAGUAUUCUUUUAUACCUAAAUUGUAAUAUGAGUCAAAUAAAAAAUAAUACGCCAAUAAAAUAUUUAACUUUUCUAACUAAUAAUAUUUUAAUAAACUAUUACUGAUCA